AUAAUUUUACUUUUUAAUUUCAUUUUUCUGGUUGGGAUUCCAACACAAUCCAGUGUUCCAAUAGUAGUUGAUAAGGACCCACUUUUGCCCGCCAUUCUCCUCGGCGUUAUCUUCUCUCAUUUGCUUCAAUCUAUUCUUUCCCCAUGCUUGUUAAGAUUUUUGGUACUGGGUAAUGGUAAUGGGUAAUGGGUAAUGGGUAGUUCCAGUUUCAGAAAAUGCAUAAUCAAAUUUCCACCUUAUCAACUAAUUUACUGUUCCCAACUUCAACUCAUUCACAAAACCAUGAUUUUAUAUCUACCCAUUAUUCUCCAAUCUUCAAUAAAUUUUCGCGUAGAAAAACCCACAAAUCCAAUCUGAAACGCCUCACUUCUCGCAUUGUUCAGCUCACUAAACGCAAACAACUCAAUCAGGUGUUUGAGGAAAUUGAGUUAGCUAAAAGUAAAUUUGGUGGGCUUAAUACAAUUGUAAUGAAUGCAGUAUUGGAGGCUUGUGUUCAUUGUGGUGAUGUUGAUUCUGCCCUUAAGCUGUUCGACGAAAUGUCUAAGUCAAGAAGUUGUCGUGUUGAUAAUGUCUCCUAUGGUACUUUGUUGAAGGGUUUGGGUAUUGCUCGAAGCAUUGAUGAAGCAUUUCAACUCCUUGAGGCUGUUGAGCGAGGAAGCGCUGCUGGAAAUCCAAAAUUAUCAGCACCGCUUCUUUACGGUUUUCUUAAUGCUCUUAUUAAUGCAGGAGAUUUACGUCGUGCUAAUGGACUUCUUGCACGCUAUGGAUUUGUGUUCCAUGAAGGUGGAAGCCCUUCAAUCCUAAUCUACAACUUGUUAAUGAAGGGAUACAUAACGACGGGUGCUCCUGAGGCCACGUUCACUGUACACAAUGACAUGUUACGCCAAGGCUUAAAGCCAGAUAGGCUGACGUAUAACACCCUCAUCCUUGCUGCAGUGAAGACAGGAAAAUUGGAUUUUGCAAUGCAGUUCUUUGAGGAAAUGAAGGAUGCAGCAUGGAAGUAUAAUCUUAAGGAUCUUUCACCGGAUAAUGUAACUUAUACAACUUUAUUGAAGGGUGCUGCACUUGCUAAUGAUAUCCAUCUGCUUCAGAUGAUAAUGAUGGAUAUGCAAACUUUGGAAAGCUUAUCUAUUGACCGAGUUGCGUAUACUGCUCUCGUUGAUGCUCUGCUAAGUUGUGGCUCAAUCAAUGGUGCUCUAUGUGUGUUUGGGAAGAUACUAAAGAAGGCGGGAGAAAAUUCUGAUCUACGGCCAAAACCUCAUCUUUAUCUAUCCUUGAUGCGUGCUUUGGCCCAUAGCGCAGAUUUUUUGAUGGUGAAAAAUUUACACAGACGCAUGUGGUUAGAUUCUUCAGGAACUGUCACUGCUGAAGUUCAGAAAGCAGCAGAUCACCUUCUAAUGGAAUCCGCUUUGAAUGCUGGCCAGGUUGAAGUCGCUGUAAAGAUUCUUUCAGAGGUUAAUGCUAGAUGGAAAGGACUAUCUUGGACAAGCCCAGGUGGCCAGGCUGCUGUUCGCCUAGAGGCUUUACUGGGCUUUGAUCGUUCUAUAUUUUAUCCGUAUGUUCUUCCUCAGGUGUCAGUUGACGAUUCAAUAGAAAGAAUCAUGAUUCCGUUUGAAGAAGCUCGGCCUGUGCAAGCAACCACAUUGCUUAAGGAAGUUGCCAUGCGUUUCCUGAAGGAAUCAGUGGUGCCCAUCAUAGACGACUGGGACAACUGUGUGGGACUACUGCAUCGCGAAGACUGUUCAGAUCUAAAUUUACCAGUUUCGGCAAUGAUGAAGAGCCCUCCUCCCUCUGUGGCAGCCUCAACGUCAGCUGGCCGUGUGAUUGAUCUAAUCCUGGAGAAACGCUAUAAAAUGAUGAUUGUGGUUAAAGAUACCAACAUGUACAGUUCUUAUAGCUCCAGGCCUGUUGGAGUCUUCACUUGUGAGCACUUACACAAGCUUAUCAAGCCAGCCACAAAGGAGCCUGGACUAACGUCUUUACAAGAGCGAGACACGGAGUGACUACAGCGUGUUUGUAGGGGUAAUCUCUUAAAUGGCUCGGUCUCAAUGAUUCGAUCUAGCUAAUGUCAAGGUGAUAGUCGUUUUCGAUUUUUUUCCACCUCCUGUAGUUCGUCACAGUAAAAUGUUAAUAACGAAAUCUCAAGCUCUACAAGCUUUGCUUUGACAAAUGCAGAGAAAUUUAAGGUAAGAUUGAUGA